AUGCGCCCUGCUACAGGUUAUGGGCCCAGACCUCAUCCUGUACGAGUAUUUUUGGCAGUGCCUGAAAUAGCGCAAAACACGUUUUUCAGGAAGAUGCAGUCUCAAGAGGGUUUAUCCGGCUCGUCGGACCAUAGACUAGCAUUGAUCCACGAAAUGAGUUCAAAUAAUUUUGAUCUCAUUAGGUUUGCUUCAUAUAGAACUGCUAUGAAGUUGAGAUUCAUCCAGAAGAAAGUUAAUUGUAAGUAUUCAGCUGAUUCAUCAGUAUCAUUUGUGUAG